AUUUAUUUCUAUAAAAAGUACUCUAUCAAAACUUGUUAUUUGUUUAUAAAACACUUGAAUAGAAACACGUAUUAUUAAAAGUAUUGUUACACUUUCAAAUAUAUUCAUGUGAAGUUCAGUAAAAUCUCCUUUUUUUGACAGUGUACGUGUGUGUACAGUAUUGUUGUUUGAUGACUUGAAAAGGAAAGAGAUGUUUUUCUGAAAUCCCAUUGGUCACAAAAGCAGCUGCUGCUGCUGCUCCUGUAGCAUUAAGAAAUUGUUUUAUAUGAAAUUAUAAUUUCUCAUUAUUAAAUUUGUUGUGGGCGUGGAGCUUUAUUUUUUUUUACUGUCAAGUGUCAAACUGUUUGAUUAACACAGAAAAAAGUGCAAUUAUAAGGAGUUUCUAGAGAACGAGCUGUGACCGAUUUAUACUAUUCCCACUCCAAAUUAGGGAAAUUUCUUACAUCAGACUAUGCCUGGAAUUACUGGUAUGUCAAUGGAUCAUAUGUUUUGUUCUCGUUGUCGAGAGGGUUUUGAGCCUCAUGAAAAAAUUGUCAAUUCAAAUGGAGAACUUUGGCAUCCUCAAUGUUUUGUAUGUGCACAGUGCUUUCGUCCAUUUCCAGAAGGUAUAUUUUAUGAAUUUGAGGGACGUAAAUAUUGUGAACAUGAUUUUCACGUACUCUUUGCUCCUUGUUGCGGCAAAUGUGGUGAAUUUGUCAUUGGAAGAGUUAUAAAAGCUAUGAAUGCCAAUUGGCAUCCAGGUUGUUUUCGAUGUGAAGAAUGUAAUGGAGAAUUGGCUGAUGCUGGAUUCAUUAAAUGCCAAGGAAGAGCUUUGUGUCAUUCUUGUAAUGCAAAAGUAAAAUCAGGUGUUUUGGGAAAACACAUUUGUCAUCAAUGCCAUGGAGUUAUUGACGACAAACCUCUACGAUUUCGAGGCGAGAUGUAUCAUCCUUAUCAUUUUAAUUGCGCUUCCUGUAGAGUUGAAUUAAAUUCAGACGCUCGGGAAGUUAGAUCAAGACCAGGUUAUGCAGUAAAUGAAAUGAACGAGCUCUAUUGCUUAAGAUGUCAUGACAAAAUGGGUGUUCCAAUUUGUGGAGCUUGUCGUCGACCAAUAGAAGAGAGAGUGGUAACAGCCCUCGGGAAACAUUGGCACGUUGAGCAUUUUGUAUGUGCAAAGUGUGAGAAACCCUUUCUGGGUCAUCGUCACUAUGAGAAAAAGGGUCUCGCUUAUUGCGAAACUCAUUAUCAUCAAUUGUUCGGAAAUCUCUGCUUUGUUUGCAAUCAAGUCAUUGCCGGCGAUGUCUUCACUGCCCUAAAUAAAGCAUGGUGCGUUCAUCAUUUUGCCUGUGCAUUUUGCGAUCAAAAAAUGAAUCAAAAGACAAAAUUUUUUGAAUUUGACUUAAAACCAGCGUGCAAAAAAUGUUACGAUAAAUUUCCCACUGAAUUAAAGAAACGAAUGCGUCGUAUGCAUGAAUUAAAAGGAUAUUCCCCGAAACCCGUAUAAAAGUUUAACUUUAACUUUUUUUUUAAAGAAGGGGUAAAAAAAAUCUAAACUAAUGUUAAUGUUUCCAUUGUCAUUAAUUAAUCUAUUUUUACUGUUAUUUAUUAUUUAGCAGUACUUAACAAUUUUUAUAACACGUGAGUGUAGAGAACGAAACUGCCAAAAUGGUAAUUAAUCGAUUAAUUCUGUAGAAAUUUAGCAAUUUUUACAUAUAUAUAUUAAUACUCGGAAAUUUUUAGUAUAUUUUUAUAUAGGACUAUAUAUAUAUUAUCUAACGAUCGUGGAAUAUUGUGGCCUUGGAAAAUUGUCUUAAUUAUAUUUUACAAAAUGUAUCGACUUUUCAACCGAAAAAGUACAAAACAAUUUAUUUUAAUAUCUUGCCGCAAUUUUUGUUUUUUUUUUAAAUUAAAUUAAGUAAUUAAUUUGUACGUUAAGGAAAUGAUCUAAUAAAAUCAAAUUUAAUAACUAAAA